CUCCCCGCCCACUUCCGCGUCACGUGACCGCGCGGGCCGGAGCGAUGGCGGCGCUGGGGCCGGGCCCGCUGUGGGUGCGGGACCCGCUGGCGCCGCGGGCGCGGCCGCUGCCGCUGCCCCCCGGGGGCGGCUCCGUGCUCUGCCUCCGCCGCGCCCGCGCCCAGGAGCUGAACAUCCCAGAAGAAAGCUUGUAUGUGAAGUGUAAUGGGCGACUGGCCAGCGAUGAAGAUGAGUUGCAGAGUGGAGUUGUUUAUAGCCUGGAGGCAAGACUUUAUGGUGGAAAAGGAGGGUUUGGGUCGAUGCUGCGAGCCCUUGGUGCUCAGAUUGAGAAGACAACAAACAGAGAGGCUUGUCGAGAUCUCAGUGGAAGGAGACUGCGGGAUGUCAAUCACGAGAAAGCGAUGGCAGAGUGGGUGAAGAAGCAGGCGGAGCGGGAGGCGGAGAAGGAGCAGCGGCGCCUGGAGAGGCUGCAGCGGAAGCUGGCGGAGCCGCGGCACACGUUCACCGACCCCGAGUACGAGCGGCAGUACCGCGAGAUGGCCGAGCGCCAGGAGGAGUCCCUGCGCAUCGGCUUGCAGGUUAUUGCCAGCAAAGCAGUGUCAUCAGAAAGUGGCAAGAGUCGGAAGCGUCUGGGUGAGCCUGGAAAGAGUGAAACAAAAUCUGAAAAAAGAAAAUGUCCUUGGCCGGGAUUGGAUGAGGCCACAGGCUCAGGCUGUGAGGAUGACAACAAGGAUGACUCCCCUUGUGCAUCUGACAGUUGUCCAUCAGGCAGCAGAUCUAAUGAAAGUGCUGGAAAUUCAGAUGAAUGUUCAAGCAGCUCUGUGGCUUCAGCAGAGGACAGUCCAUCUACCAGUGCAAGUGAGAAACCACUGGAGCAGCCAGAAGGUCCUGGAAGAGAUCUGCAAGGAGAGCUGUGCUCAGGUGGGCAGGCUGGAAUUGUGUCUGAAGAAAACAGCAAAAUGACAGAGCCCCCAAAGGAAGAGGCCCAAGGAAAGAAUGGAGUGACUCAAGCUCAGAAAGAAGAGCAAGAAAAUGUUCCUGCUAAGGCACAGGAAACAAACCAGUCACAGAGCACAGAGGUAGAACCAAUAGACCUGUUGGCAUUCAACUCUGCUGCUGAACUGGAAGCCCUGGGUUUAGAGAAACUGAAGAUGGGAUUGAUGUCUUUGGGACUGAAAUGUGGAGGCACUUUGAAGGAAAGAGCAGCAAGGCUUUUUUCAGUGAGAGGUCUGUCUAGAGACCAGAUCAAGCCAUCCCUGUUUGCAAAGCCCCCUAAGGGAAAAACCUCUGGUUAGAUUUGGAAAUAUUUACCUUUUUUUGCAUGUGUAUUUGAUGUCGUUAAAUAAAAGCUCUUGGUAUCCUUUCAA